AUGAUAAGUGAUGCGAAGAAGAUGAAGCUGGAGGACGAGGAGGAGAGGAGUAGGAUGGCAGUGAAGAAUGUGUUAGUGGACUGCAUUUACACCACACAAGGUAAAGUGGAGAGCGAGGAGAGCGGCUUUCCACUUGCAAGGCUACUACAACGUCUGCCCAAACGAACACAACAUCAGAGUUGUGACAAAUGGGGCCUGAGAGAGUCUGCAAUCGAAUUUGCGGAAUCAGAAGUGGUGUCAGCUUGGGUGACCACCCAACAGUGUAAUGAAGGGAUUAGGCCUCGAGAAAAUGUCGUCUUCGAUGCCGACACCGUGUUCACAACUGCAUUCUCACAUCGCAAACGCGUUUGCUUACACCUACGUAUCCUACAAAAGAGAAACGUAUCACCACCAUGCAAAAUGGGUGAGCGCACUUUGUCAUCCACGUACCACUUCACUCACCACGAGACCAGAUCUACACUGCUCUGCAAUGCCCUCCUUGUCACUCUCUCCACACUCACUUCUCAACCCAUCAUUCUCAUCGCCUCCUUCAACAUGUACUUGCGGUGCUCACCUUUCACCGUCACUUCCACCUCUCCACUAACCCGCUGCUGCACAUCACCACCACCACCACCACCUCCAUUAUCAAGCAAUCGACAGCCAACCCAAGACGCCUCUCAUUCCACUCUCCCCCUCCACACCCUCUAA